AGAGCGCUUCCAUGAACAACGCCGGGGACUGAACCCAGGUCGGUGUUCCCGUCCCGCUACUUCAGCGGUUACAAUAGAGCUCGUGAACCACAACUGCUGCUCGAACAGCCGAAUGACACCGCCCUCGCCAGUCUGAAGAAUGAAUCAUGGGGCAGCGUUACUGUGGAAACGACGAGCUCUAUCGAGUCUGAGUGCGACGCGGCGUGGGCUUCCCAAAGAGAAAAUGUCUGAGAAUGGAUUGUCGUCCCGGGCCAAGGUGUUGACCAUCGACACCAUGAACCCCACGGUGAAGAAGGUGGAGUACGCCGUGCGGGGGCCCAUCGUUCAGCGGGCUGUGGAGCUGGAGAGGGAGCUCUCUGAGGGAAUGAAGAAGCCCUUUUCUGAGGUCAUUAAGGCAAACAUUGGUGACGCGCAUGCUAUGGGCCAGCAGCCAAUCACUUUCUUCCGGCAGGUCUUGGCGCUCUGCUCCUACCCUGAACUGCUGAAUGACAGAACAUUCCCUGAGGAUGCUAAAAGUAGAGCACGCCGCAUUCUGCAGUCCUGCGGAGGGAACAGUAUGGGCUCCUACAGCGCCAGUCAGGGUAUAGACUCUGUGCGUCAGGAUGUGGCCCGCUACAUUGAGCGAAGGGACGGCGGUGUGCCCUGCGACCCAGACGACAUUUAUCUCACCACAGGGGCCAGCGACGGCAUUGUGACCAUGCUGAAGCUGCUGGUGUGUGGCGAGGGUGCGACUCGCACAGGCGUCAUGAUCUCCAUACCUCAGUAUCCACUGUACUCUGCUGCGCUGGCCGAACUGGGCGCCGUGCAGAUCAACUAUUAUCUUAAUGAGGAAAAAUGCUGGAGUCUGGACAUUAGCGAGCUGCAGCGCUCCCUGGAUGAGGCCCGGCGCUACUGCAAUCCCAGAGCCCUGUGCAUCAUCAAUCCUGGAAACCCCACUG